AUGAACAGGAAUGUGCCCUUGCAGGGAUCAGUGUCCUUCAGGGAUGUGGCUAUAGAUUUCAACACAGAGGAAUGGCAGCACAUGGACAGCGCUCAGAGAAACCUGUACUGGGAUGUAAUGCUGGAGACCUACAGCCACCUGCUGUCAGUAGGGUAUCUAGUUCCCAAAACAGAGGUUUUCAUAUUGGAACGAGGAAAGGAUCCGUGGUCAUUGCGGGCUGAGAGCCCACAUCAGAGAUGUCCAGGUGAGUGUGAUCCAGGAGAGAAAUUAUGGGAUCAUAAUCAAUAUGGAAAAAUCCUCAGUUAUAAACAAGCUCCCUCUCAACAUCAGAAAAUUCAUACAGGAGAGAAAUCCUAUGAAUGUGCUGAUGUUGGGAAGAUCUUCACUCAGAAGUCACAGCGCAACGUACAUCUUAAAGUUCGUACAGGAAGAACACUCUAUGUAUGUACUGAAUGUGGGAAGGCUUUUGUACGGAAACCAGAAUUUAUUGUACAUGAGAAAACCCACAGUAGAGAGAAGCCCUAUAAAUGCAAUGAAUGUGGAAAAUCCUUUUUCCAAGUAUCAUCUCUCUUCAGGCAUCGGAGAAUUCAUACUGGAGAAAAACUCUAUGAAUGCCAUGAAUGUGGGAAAGCCUUCAACCAGAAAUCAAUCCUCAGUGUGCAUCAGAAAAUUCAUACAGGAGAGAAACCCUAUGUAUGUACUGAGUGUGGAAGAGCCUUCAUGUGGAAGUCAAACUUUAUUACUCAUCAGAGAAUUCAUACUGGAGAGAGACCUUAUCGGUGCAGUUACUGUGGGAAAUCCUUUACCUCCAAGCCACAGCUUCUGGUGCAUCACGGAGUUCACACAGGAGAGAAGCCCUAUGUGUGUGCUGAAUGUGGGAAAGCCUUUAGUGGCAGGUCAACUCUGAGUAACCACCAGAAAACUCAUACUGGGGAAAAGCCCUACAUUUGUUCUGAGUGUGGGAAGACCUUCAGACAGAAGAUAGAGUUGAUUACACAUCAUAGAAUUCAUACUGGAGAGAAACCUUAUGAAUGCAGUGACUGUGGGAAAUCCUUUACCUCCAAGUCUCAGCUUCUGGUGCAUCAGCCAGUUCACACAGGAGAGAAGCCCUAUGUGUGUGCUGAAUGUGGGAAAGCCUUUAGUGGCAGGUCAAAUCUGAGUAACCACCACAAAACUCAUACUGGGGAAAAGCCCUACAUUUGUUCUGCAUGUGGGAAGACUUUCAGACAGAAGUCAGAGUUGAUUAGACAUCAUAGAAUUCAUACUGGAGAGAAACCUUAUGAAUGCAGUGAUUGUGGGAAAUCCUUUACCUCCAAGUCUCAGCUUCUGGUACAUCAGCGAAUUCACACAGGAGAGAAGCCCUAUGUGUGUGCUGAGUGUGGGAAGGCCUUCACCGACAGGUCCAAUUUGAACAAACACCAGACCACACACACUGGAGACAAACCCUACAAGUGUGCAGUCUGUGGGAAAGGCUUUGUUCAGAAAUCAGUGCUGAGCAUGCAUCAGAGUAUUCAUACUCGUGAGCAACUGAAAAAACAUCGCUGAGGACAGUUCUGAUUGUACAUUAUUGAAUCCAUGCUGCAGAAAAAAUGUAUAUUAUUGUAAGUAGAAACGUCCACAUCAGAAUGUCACACAUUACUUUUCAAAAGAGGAUGUCUGAGAAGGCACUGAAUGAGUCAGGAGACCCUUCCCACAUUGUCAACUGCUUCAUUAAUCUUUGGGGCAUUUAUCCUGAGCAUGAACUGAGUCAAAUUGAUGCAUUAAUAGAAGUCUUCUAUGAAAAAU